AUGUUAAUUAAUGCAAAAAAUCUUAAAGGAACAAAUAUAAUUAUUAGUGAAGAUCUUACCAAAAUUGAGUUAAAAGAGAGAAAAGUAUUAGUAGUUGCACUAAAAGAAGCUAGAAAUAAUAAUCAAAACGCAAAAUUUAGAAGAAAUAAAAUAAUAAUAGAAGGAGUUGAAUACACUGCAAGUGAUAUAGAAAAAACUAUUACUGAUGCUCAGUUAUUUGAUAAUAUACCAAUUAGGAAAGUACAUAGCGAGCCAACCACUCCUUCUCAUAAAGAAUUUGUUGAAGAAAGUGACGAAGAACUAGAAGAGCAAAAAAGUGAAGAGGAACCACGUCAUAACUCGGACAACUCAAACCAAAUAGUAAUUCAAAAACCUAAAGGAAAACCGAAAAAGAUAGGGAUUAUAAAACAAAAUUCAACUAUCCUACAGAAGCUUAAAAUUAAUUCAAAAUGCGAGACACCAGGAAGAAAACUAGAUGUGGCUCCAAUUACAAAAUUAAGUAAAACCAAAAAAUAA